CCAAGAUGGCGUCUUACUGACAGUUGGCUGAGGAGCGGCAGAGGCGGAUCCUGCUCGUCAGGGCGGCGGCGGCGGGGCCGGGGUCUCCCGGGCCGGGGUUGGCGAGUAGAAGGGAUGGCGGCGCGGAACGCCUAGGGCGGAGCCGCGCGGGCGAGGCGGGCGCGGCGGGCGCGGCGGGCGGCCAUGGGCUGCUGAGACGGCGGCGUCUCCGCAGCGCCUUCCCUUAGCCAUGGGUUCGUCGGCAGCCGCAGCAGCGGCGGCUGCGGCGGCGGCGGCAGACUCGGCGCAGUGGCUCUCGGUGAAGGAGGAGACCAUCUUUCUGCACGAUGGGCUUAUCCGGGUCACCGACCUGGCCGAGCUGCCCAGCGAGAUCCUCGGCGCCCCGGAGGCCACCGACACCGACCUGGAGAUUUUAACAUUUGAGACCAAGAACCCAACGGAAUUAGCAGAACGUUUGCGCUCUGUUUGUGGGAAUCAGAGCAAUGCCUAUGCCCGCCUGCUGGAAUACCGCCUCAAUGCCUUGCGUGGACUGUGGAAUGCCCAGCGCCAGCUGGCUCUGGAGGAGCAGCAUGAAAGGGAAGGCUCGGGUGAUGAAGAGACCUUGGCCCUGCUCAAGCGUCAGGGCUUGCUGCAGCAACCAGAGCAAGCGCCCUUCACAUCCCGAGUGGGCCUCCUGUUGGUCUUCCCUCUUAUUCAGUCCCAGAGUAAAACAGACCCUUCCCUCUGUAACAUAACUGCUGAGGUGCUAUUGAACUGCCUGCGUGACUGUCAGCCUCUGAGCUUGACCAAGGAGCCUGCUGACUGUCUCAAUGGGAUAGAAACCUUGCUGUGCUCUUGGCUAGAGGAGACCUCAGACACAGGCAGACACAUCCCACAUAAGCAGAAGGAGAACGCUGCUGCUGCCCUGGUGGCUUUGGCAUGUGCCAGGGGAUCAUUGAAGACCUUUGUCCACACAGUUCACCUGCUGCAGAGACAGACUGAGCUGGGCUCCCUGCCUGUCGCUGAUGUUUUAUAUAGGCUGCUGCUUUUGGAAGGGGGACCUGGAUCCCCAUCCUGUUUGCUCGGGGGCAAACACAUUGUAUCUUGGGGGUAUGAAGAUAUGCUGCCUGCACCAGACAGCAACCCUGGCUCCAGUUCUGAAAACAAAGAUGCUGACUUGGGGCGCUGCCUCACUGCAGAUGGGCAUUACCUGUACACCACCAACUCAGCUGGAAGAGGAGUAAGCAAGCUGGGCUCUGGACUGCAUGGUACUCUCAGAGGGUUUGUGUACUGCCGCAAUGAGGAGCUAGAGCCAGGAUGGGUGGCGUAUGGCAGUGGCCACCUGCUCCAUCGGCCUGUGUCUUUUGACAAUAAACCUCACUCCCUUUUUCAGGUCAUAGACCAGAACACCCUGCAGGUGUGCCAGACAGUCCCCAUGCCAGCCAGUCCCCUCCCUGCGGGCAGUGCCAUGAGCACCGUGCACCUCUCCUCGGAUGGCACUUACUUCUAUUGGAUCUGGUCCCCUGCCAGUCUGAAUGAGAAAACCCCAAAGGGACAUUCUGUUUUCAUGGACAUUUUUGAACUUAUGGUGGAAAAUGGGGUAUUUGUAGCCAGCCCACUUCAGGAACGCACAAUCCUAAUGAGAAAAGAGGGCGAGUCUGCCAAAAGCAUUAAUGAGAUGCUCCUCAGCAGACUGUCUCGGUACAGAGCCUCCCCAUCGGCGACACUCGCAGCCCUGACUGGCUCCACCAUCUCCAACACGCUGAAGGAGGAUCAAGCAGCAAAUACUAGCUGUGGCCUUCCUCUGAAAAUGCUGCGGAAGACACCCAUGUACACCUGUGGCACAUACUUGGUGAUGCUGGUCCCACCUCCAGGGGGGUCAGGUAGCUCUGCCACCCGCUCUCUUUUUGGUGGAACAAGUGGUCUGUCCUCUUUAAAAAUCCUGGCCUCCAGCUUGGUGUAUAACAUUUCUGAUGGUCAGUUCACAAGUCGUGCGGAUCUCAUAGAUGCUGCUGGAAGCUCACUGGGACGUGGUGCUCUCGUACCAGGAUUGGGUGCCUGUUACGAUACCGUGAACAACAUGCUAUGGACCUGCUCAAAUGACUACAUUGAUCAGUGGUGCAAUCCUGGAAACCAGGCCUUCCAUUAUGUGUGCCAGAGACUGGGGGUCAGCCAUAUCAUCACUGAGCCCAAAGAAGAGGCUGUCAGUACGAGCGAGGUCAUAAACCAGCUACUGCACCAUGUUGGUGCCAUGUGCAUUCACCAGCUCAAUCUUCUAGCCACAAACCCCAACCUUCCCAUUACAAGCGUCCUGGGCAAGCAGCACCCAAUCGAGGCUCGCCAUCUUAGCAGCAUCUGUGACAUCAUGGAGAAGGCCAUGGUUAAUGGUGACACCUGCAUUGUACGCUGCAUCCUCGUUGUCUUUCAGGUGGUGUUUAAAUUUUUCUUCAGCCCACAAACUGAAAGGAACCGAGACAUCAUUCGGCGGUCAGGAUUGCUUCUUUGGCAGUUGUUGAUGGCACCAAAAGAUCAAAUCUGCCCUGAAAUUCAGAAGGAGGUCUGUCUUGCCAUCAGCUCUGGUUUAAAUAUCUUAUACCCAGGUGAAACUGAAAUCAAUAACUUACUUAAGCUGGUCUUAACAGAAGGAGAGAGAAACAGUGGACUCUCCCAGCUUCGAGAUGUGAUCCUCACCAACCUCGCUGAGCAGCUUCAGAACAACCGAUUCGGCAGUGAUGAGGAUGAUCACUACAGACUCAAUGAUGAGCUCUUACACUACAUCCUAAAGAUUGUUGUGCGAGAGUCCUGUAUCCUAAUCACCAAGUGCCAAACUGUCUCCAAGGAUGAUUUCCAGAAGCUCCUUUCAACAGUGCCUGCUGCAUCCUCCUGCCUGCGCUAUCUGAUGGCAGUUCAGAAUCACCUUCUCAGUAACACUAUUUUGAUUAAGCCUGACGAGAAUGAUGACAGUGACAGCUCCUUGCAGGGAGAGACAUUGAAGGUACAGGAGUUAAAGGCCAGUAUUUUGGCUCUUGCCACCCAGAUCCUGACUGGAUGUGAUGAAGUACUGGAAAUGCUGCAGCAGGUCACCACUGCCCUGAUAAACAGUGAUGUGCCUGAUCGAGAGCAGAGAUUAAAAGGCUUGGAGCAAGUUACCAAGGCUACCAUGCUUGGUCACCUACUCCCAGUGUUGCUGACCUCCCUGAUGCACCCCAAUCUGCAGACCCUGACCAUGGCCGAUGCCCUGAUGCCUCAGCUUGUGCAACUGGUGCUCUACACCAGCCAGACGGCCUUGCUGCUCAAAACCCAGUGUCCGGUUUUUGCCGAGGUGGGCUGUUCCCCAUGUGGCACCUCAGACCAGAAGUGCAGGCUGUUCCCUGAUGAAAGAAUGCUAGAAGAAAAGGAAGAGCCAGGCUUUCUCACUGGCUUAAAGAUCCCUGCCCCGUGGGCUGCUGGGAAGACUGUGGAAACAGUACAUCCUGUCAGAGAUAACUAUAAGUUUAAAGAGACUGUUCAUAUCCCAGGAGCUCGCUGCCUGUAUCUACGAUUUGAUAGCCGAUGUUCGUCACAAUACGACUAUGACAAAUCUAACGGUCUAUUUUCUGUUUUGAAGUUGGUGAUAUACGCGGGGCCUAACACAAACAGUAGGAAGGUUGCUGAGUAUGGAGGCAACACUCUGGGAUAUGGCAGCCGUAGUGUCUUAGGAACUGGUUGGCCGAAGGACUUGGUGAAGGUUGAAGGCGAUACUGUCACCUUCUCCUUUGAAAUGAGAAGUGGCCGUGAACACAACACUCCUGACAAAGCUAUGUGGGGCUUUGCUUGCACAGUUCGCGCUCAGGAGUCCUCGGAGGAUGUCUCAGGAGGCUUGCCCUUCCUGGUAGACCUGGCCUUAGGUCUGUCUGUGUUAGCUUGUUCCAUGUUAAGAAUCCUGUAUAACGGACCAGAAAUUACCAAAGAAGAGGAAGCUUGUCAGGAGCUGUUGCGGUCCAAACUUUUACAAAGGUGCCAAUGGCAGGUGGAGGCCAAUGGUGUUAUCUCCCCUGCCCUUACUCCGAGUCCCUCUCCACUGCCACUGACCAUAGAAGAAGACAGAGAAUUCACCUACCCCUCGGAUGUCCUCGUGCCUCCUGUUGGGAACUACUUUGACCUGCCUCGAAUCAGGCUGCCUCCAGGAAUCAUGAUAAAGCUCAGGGAAAUUUCGGGGCGUGCACGACCUCAGUUUAGACCAAGUAUAAAAGAAGUGAUUCAGCCCGAUGUCAUGGAGGAAAUGGUGGUGUCAUGUGUUAUUAAGCACUUGAACCUGGUUGAUGCACUGCAGUCCCUGAUCAAUUUCCAGUAUCAGGAAGAACAUGCUGAGGAAUAUGACUUACUGUGUAAAAUUAUGGGAGAGACCUUUAAGAAGCUCAAUGCUAUGGAGAGACAGCUGCAGAGUGUGGCUGAACUGGAGCAGAAGUGGCAGAGUGAGGCUGAGGAUGCCAUGCAGGGGAAGCUGGAGAACAGCAUGCCUUUCUUUUAUGAUUACCAUUUCAAUGAGAACAAAAUGAAAGAACUAGAACUUCUGUGUUCAAUGAAGGAAGUCUCCUUUGAUGGAAAUGAUCUUGAAAACAUGGUCCUCUCAUUGAGGGAGAAGUUCCUUCAAGAAGUGAAUUCUCUUACUCAGAAGCCCUCCCACCCUCUGGCCAAAACAAAGACACUGGUGAAGAGUCUGAUGAAUCGAGCUGAGUUGCUGCUGCAUGUCACCAUUGCCGCUCAGUCAGGCCUCACUAGGAGCAUCUCAGGGACACCGGCAGAGACACCAGCAUGCAAAUCAGCUUCUGAAACAAAGGUAGCAUCUCAUGCUGUCCGGCAGCCUGUUUUCCUUCGAAGCAUGUCUGCUCCUUCUGACCUGGAAAUGAUUGGUAACGAAGACUUGGAAUUUACUAGAGCAAAUCAGAGGCGUCGUCAUGUGACCAGUCACCGAAGCAGCUCCUUCACGCUCCUACAGUCACUGGCCAUUGAAGACAGCAGGGACAAGCCCACUUACAGCGUCCUGUUGGGCCAGCUGUUUGCUUUCAUUGGCACCAACCCUGACCAAGCAGUGUCCAGCAGCAGCUUCCUUCUGGCUGCACAGACAAGGUGGCGACGGGGAAACACUCGGAAGCAGGCCCUGGUGCACAUGCGGGAGUUGCUGACAGCUGCUGUGCGAGUCGGUGGAGUGACACACCUGGUGGGGCCAGUGACAAUGGUCCUUCAGGGAGGACCCAGAAUUGAAGAGCUCACUUGUGGUGGAAUGGUGGAGCAGGUGCAGGAAGCCUUUGGUGAGACCAUGACCUCAGUGGUGUCCUUGUGUGCUCGUUACCCUAUUGCUUGUGCAAACAGCAUUGGACUCCUGUGUACCAUACCUUAUACCAGGAGUGAGGAGAAGUGCCUGGUCCGUAGUGGCCUUGUACAGCUCAUGGACCGACUCUGCAGUCUGAGCAGUCAAACUGAGUCUAGCUCCAGUGAGAAGCAGACCAAGAAGCAGAAGGUAGCCACCAUGGCCUGGGCUGCCUUCCAGGUGUUGGCCAACCGCUGUGUGGAGUGGGAGAAAGAGGAAGGUGGCUCCACAGAGGCUGUGCACUCAGGCCUGGCCCGACAGGUGUCCAGUCUCCUCACCAACCACCUUGCCCGAGCCACUGAGUGCUGUGGCAACCAGGCUGCUGGGAAUGAUGCCCUGCAGGAUGUCCUGAGUCUUCUCAAUGACCUCUCCAGGAGCCACAUAGGGAAAGCCAUCUUGAGCCAGCCAGCCUGCGUGUCCAAGCUCCUCUCCCUACUGCUGGACCAGCGUCCAUCCCCAAAGCUGGUGCUGAUCAUUCUUCAGUUGUGCCGGGCAGCUCUGCCACUGAUGAGUGUAGAGGACUGUGGGAAUGUGGAGCUCCCACCCUGGAGCUACUCCGUCCCUUCCUUGAACAGUGAGCAGGAAGAUCCCAGUGACCCUGCCUCCAAGAUUGCCUCCCUGCUCUUAGCCAAGCUGGCAGACUAUGUGGUCCCAGGAUGUCAGACGGUUCUUUCUCCAACUGCUUCUGAACCUGACACCACAUUGACAAAAACUAGUCCUAAGAACUCCUUAAAAGGAGAUAAAGAUCCUGGAGAAGAGAGUGAAGCAGUGGAUGGCAAGCUCUCCAUAUUUAUACACAAGCGGGAAGACCAGUCCUCCCAUGAAGUCCUCCAGCCGUUGCUGAGUAGCUCAGAAGGACGGCCCUUUCGACUUGGUACUGGUGCCAACAUGGAAAAAGUUGUGAAGAUGGAUCGAGACAUGACCAAGGGUGGCUGCUGUGAAGUGAUCACAGAAGAGGCCUCAGCCGCCCUCCGGAAAGCAACCAAGUGGGCACAGUCAGGCCUCAUUGUCAGUGUCGGGCCACCAGUAGAAUCCAUUAAUCCAGAGACUGUCAGCGGGCUGUCCACAGGUGACAAGAAGAAAACUGCCCAAACCUCCAUGUGCCGAGAAAGGAACUCUGAACUGGCCAGGACUGACCCUGUGCGACCCUUUAUCAGUGGGCACGUGGCAAACAGCAUGGCUGCAGAAGUGAUCGCCUUGCUUCAUAGCCUAUUAAUGGCACCUGAAUCCAAUGCUGCUCAAAUAUGGACCACAACGGCAGAAAAGGUUUUGUCUCGAGCACUGAUGUACAUUCCACAACUUGGGAAAUAUGCAGAAAGCAUCCUGGAGAAUGGGAGCAGCAGUGGCAGGAAACUCGCCAAACUCCAGAGGAUUGCGCGGCAGGCUGUUGCUGCACUCUGUGCACUUGGAGGCUUUAAAGAGACAAUCAAGAUAGGCUCCGAGGUCCAGGUUCUAGGUAGAGGAAUAUCUGGAAGCAUCGGAGUUGUGGCUUCUAUCAAUGAACAGGAAGGAAUAGCUACAGUCAGAUUCCCUCCUGUAGACUGCCGAAGGACGUCGCAAGCUGCAGACACGCUGACUAUUCCCUUGUCUAGGCUUUGUGUUCCGAGGUCAGAGGCACUGCCUCUUCAUAAGCUGUCCAUUACUGAGAAGGUAGUCCAGGCAGUCCAGUCCAUGCUGCUCCCUCAGGAAGGAAGCCUCUCUAUCCACACCUCUCUUCCGGCAACAGGAGAUGGCUCUGCACCUGUCAUGGCAGUUGUCCGACUCUUGGCUGAAAUCAGAACAAGAGCAUGCCUGGUAAUGGCGCAGCUUUUAGAAGACAGCCUGUUUUGUGAAGAAUUCAUCCAGCAGUGUCCAGCAGCUGUAGAAGUUCUGAACCUUGUCGCCCAGGAGUGCAGUGCAGGAGAACGGCUUGCGGUUGUAGAGGUACAGUGUGAGAGGCUCAGGAUGCUGUACCGAGACUGUGCUCGGCCCCCUCCACCUCCGCUGCAGGCUGACCGGAGACAGCCCAAAGAGAUCACCUGGAGCCCUUCUCGAGUGUUCCCUCCAGUUCGUGCCUGCAUGUUCUCAUCUCACCUCACCUCUGUCACCUUCCUGGCUGACCCCAGUGCUGGAGGAGGUCUUCCCCGGGGCACUUUCAUCUAUGCCACCUCCCCACUGCCAGUCCAGGCCCCAUCUUUUUACUGGGAAAUUGAGAUUGUUUCCUAUGGAGACACUGAUGAUGACACUGGACCAAUCGUCUCAUUUGGCUUUGCUACAGAAGCUGAGAAGCGUGAUGGGGCGUGGACCAACCCAGUGGGCACCUGCCUCUUCCACAACAAUGGCCGAGCUGUGCACUACAAUGGCUCCAGUCUUCUGCAGUGGAAGAGCGUCCGCUUAGAUGUCACACUCUCUCCUGGUGAUGUGGCAGGAAUCGGCUGGGAAAGGACUGAAGGGACUCCGCCUCCUCCAGGGCAGCCAGCUAAAGGUCGGGUGUACUUCACAUACUGCGGGCAGCGCCUCACACCCUACCUGGAAGACGUCUCUGGUGGGAUGUGGCCUGUAGUUCACAUUCAAAAAAAGAACACAAAAACUCGAGCCAAUUUUGGCUCCCGCCCAUUUGCGUAUGCCGAAGGACAGGCCCAUCGAAAUGCUGCUGACCUGUGCACUGACCUGGCAGAAGAGAUCAGCGCUAACUUUGAGGCCUUGCCAUUUGCCAUGGCAUCUGACAGUGACAACGAUGCUGGUACCAGCAUUGCAUCAGACCCAGGCACUCAUGGGCCACCAUGCCGGAUUGCAGCAGUGGCCACAGCUCAGCAACAGUAUGAUAGUGACACCUCCUGCCAUUAUAAAGUCGAACUCAGCUAUGAGAAUUUCAUUACCUCUGGCCCAGAUCCCCACCCGCCUCCCAUUGCAGAUGAUGAAAGUGAUGAUGAUGACGAUGAUGACAUUCCACAGGAGGACCACUAUGCCCUGCUGGUGAAAGCAUGGGAGACCAAGGUUUUCCCUACCAUCCGAAGACGCUUCCGCAAUGAAGCUGAGAGGAAGUCAGGCCUGGACCAGAUCAAGGGUGCUUUACAACUAGGCAUGGUGGAUAUCGCCCGGCAGACAGUUGAAUUUCUCUAUGAGGAGAAUGGCGGCAUCCCAAGAGACCUUUAUCUUCCCACCAUUGAAGACAUUAAAGAUGAAGCAAACAAGUUUACAAUUGACAAAGUUCGAAAAGGUCUCACAGUCGUAACCCGCUCUCCAGACAGCAGCAAUGUAGCCAGCAGUACCGUGGGAACUGCCUUGCCAAAAUUUGCCAUCCGAGGGAUGCUAAAAACCUUUGGCCUGCAUGGAGUCGUCCUAGACGUUGAUUCAGUGAAUGAAUUGGUGCAGGUGGAAACAUACCUCCGGAGUGAAGGGGUGUUGGUGAGGUACUGGUACCCCAUUGAUAUGUUAGAAAGGCCCCCUGCAGGCUACCGAAGGACUGCCACCAAUGGGCUGGUCACACUGGACAAUACCAACCUUCAAAUUCACAGAGAGCUCCUGCGGUGUGAGGCUGCACUGGCCCGGCUGUACUGUCGCAUGGCCCUGCUCAACAUCUUCGCCCCUAAGCUACCUCACUUAUUCACUCGUCUCUUCCACAUCCCCGCCAUCCGAGACAUUACAUUAGAGCACCUGCAGCUCCUGUCCAAUCAGCUCCUUGCUCCUCCCCUCCCAGAUGGCACCAUCAGCUCCAGCUCCAUCCUCCUGGCACAGUCUCUGCAGCACUGCAUCCACUCGCAGAGCUGCUCUGCCACUGACCUCUUCUACCAGGGAAGCUCUCAGACUCUGAGGGAGUGGCUCAAUGUAGCCAUCACCCGCACCCUGCACCAAGGCGAAGAUAGCCUGCUGGAGCUGACGAAGCAGAUCUGUGCCUUCCUGCAGACAGCACCUGAGAGGUUCCCCUCUGAAGAGUUCCCAAUUUCCGAGUCCAAAGUCAACAUGGACGUGAAUUUCCCUGGAGCGGCUUUUGUUGUUGUGUCUUGCAAAGAAAGUCAGUCUGGAUUCCGCAAAGACUCCUCUCUGUACAAGGCGCCAUGGGCACGUGUGCUCGUCUAUGGGCUUGGCCACAAAGUGAAGCGCACCGGCCAGCUGAACCUCAUCGAAGCUGCCUGCUACCCUCGAGACGCCUCCCCAGCGAACACUGGGCUUGCUCCUCCACCCACAGCUGACCAGUACCCUUCUGUCGUUCUCUCCACAGACAAAGUCCACAUCAAACUAGGAGUGUCCCCACCUCCUGGAGCUGUGCUGGUCUUGCACUCUCUGCCCCUGGAGUUUCCUCUGGCAAUGGCCUUUGCUGAGCAGCUGCUGUCCUGGAAAUCAGAGGACGGUGAAGGGAAGUCAGAGGAUGAGCCUGAUGCCAUUCCUACCUCCGUCCUCCUGCAUGUGGUGGAACUUCUGGGAAACUUCCUGUGGACCACAGACAUGGCAGCCUGUGUGAAGGAGUUGGUCUUCCACCUCUUGGCUGAGCUCUUGCGUACUGUACACACUCUGGAGCAGCGGAAGCACCCAGCUGGCCUGUCCUCCUCUAUCGCCCUCCAGCUCAACCCCUGCCUGGCCAUGUUGAUGGCCUUACAGUCAGAGCUACAUAAGCUGUAUGACGAGGAGACUCAGAGCUGGGUCUCGGGCAGUGCCUGCGGGGGCUCUGGAGCAGUAGCUGUGGGCGACCAGGGCAGGUUUUCCACCUACUUCCACGCUCUCAUGGAAGGCUGCCUGGCAGUUGCCGAAGUAACUCUGCCUACCAAUAUCAGUGUCACAGCUAGCGGAGUGACCUCAACAACCACUCCAAACCUAAGCGACUCGUCCUCCUCCUCCUCCUCCUCCCCAGGACAGACACCACAGAGCCCUAGCCUCCUGUCCAAGAGAAAGAAAGUCAAGAUGAAGCGGGAGAAGGCCUCCUCCUCCAGCAAGCGUCAGUCCUCCCGAGCCACCGAUGGAGACUCUACCAUGCUCAGCAUUGCAGGGAGUAAGCCUGAGGACAUGCUGUGGUUCCACCGUGCCCUCACCUUGCUCAUCAUACUUCGCCACCUCACUAGAAAGGACCCACAGGGCCUGGGUGUGACAAGUGAUGCCAUUGCUGAUGCCUGUCAGGCCCUCGUAGGCCCUACUGCCCACAGCCGCCUGCUGGUGAUUUCUGGCAUUCCUACUCACCUAGAUGAGGCUGUUGUCAGAGGGGCUAUCCGCAAGGCCUGCAAUGCCCAUGGUGGCGUCUUCAAAGAUGAGAUCUACAUCCCACUGCAGGAGGAGGACCCCAAGAAACCAAAAGACAAGGCCGAGGGCAGUGACAGCAAGGUGGAGUCUGAGAAGUUGCUGGGGUUCCCCAGUGUGGACAGCUUGGAGGGGAGCACAUCAAGCAGCCUGGCCCCCGCCAUGAGCAUUAGUGCCUCAGCUUCCACCAGCCAGGCCUCGGUCUGCAGCUCCCAGGGUGUGUCACAGACUGCCAGUGACCUCUCAGUGGACCCGCUGCCCUCGGGCCUAGAGCUGCCUGUUCCUCCUGUCCUGUUGGAACCCCAUGUUGUAUCCAGCCAGGAGAGCCUGGACAUUUCCUUAUGCAGCACUGGCAGCCUGGGGAGCCUGGGGAGCCUAGGUGAACCUCUGGACAAUGCAGAGACAGCAUCUGUGUCAGACGUGGGCUCCAUGUACACAGUCACUUCCCUGGACACCCAGCCCCUCACAGUGCGCCCAAUCAAAGGCUUUGCAGUGGUGGAGAUAAGAUCCCGAGCCAAAAUUGAGAAAAUCCGUGCAAGUUUAUUUAACAAUAAUGAUUUGAUUGGUUUGUCAAGUCUGGAUGGGGAAGAUGAGUUGAUGGAAAUGUCAACAGAGGAAAUUCUGACAGUGUCUGUGGUGAAUCAGAGUCUGUUUGACACCCAAGGAAGCCCAGGACUAGAAGAUUACUUCAAUGACAAGUCCAUUAAAGGUGAGAAAUUGGUGCCUGGAGCCAGAGAGGUUCUGACAGAAAUAUUUAAAAGCUGUGCCCACUCAGAGCAGACGCUGAGCCUGACACCAGCGAAACCCAUCAGGGUCUCUGACAUCUAUCUUAGCAAAGAGCAGAUCAACUCCCAGACCCCAGGCAAUCUCCUGCACCUCUUCUUCACCAACGUCCGGCCUCCGAAGAAGGUACUGGAGGACCAGCUCACACAGAUCCUGAGGAAAUAUGGCGUGCCCAAGCCCAAGCUGGAUAAAAGCAAGUACAGCAAAGCUGGGAAGGAGCAGCAUCCGGUAAAGGUGGUGAGCACCAAGCGACCAGUCACCAAGCCACCUGCCAAGGACAAAGCUGUGCUCAGCAGCCUCAGCAGGACUGCACUAAGUGAGAAGAAGCCUACUGUGAAGCCAAAGUCACCUGAGAAGAGCAAGCCAGAUGAAAAGGAUCCAGAAAAGUCACCCACCAAAAAGCAAGAAGUUCCAGAGGAAAAAUACCUGACUCUAGAAGGAUUUCACAAAUUCGUCAUUGACCGAGCCAAGCAAGAUAUCCGAAGUGUCUGGAGGGCAAUAUUAUCCUGUGGUUAUGAUCUUCAUUUUGAGAGGUGUGCUUGCAUCGAUGUCCGACAUGCACAGAAGGCCUCCAGGAAGUGGACCCUCGAGAUGGAUGUGGCUCUAGUGCAAUACAUCAACAGGCUAUGCCGCCAUCUUGCUAUCACACCAGCACGGCUCCACCCUCAUGAAGUGUACCUUGAUUCAGCUGAUGCCACUGACCCCAGGAUGGCCUGCCUGUCGAGUGUGCCCACUGAGAGUCUGCGCCUGCGUUUUGCACUGCUCCAGUCCCUCAACACUACACUGGAGACCUUCUUCCUGCCCCUAGUGGAGCUGCGUCAGACACCCACGUACACACACAGCAUUGCUGCCCUGCUGAAGGAGGCAAAAGGGCUGAUCUUCUAUGACACAAAGGUGACUGUGAUGAAUCGGGUGCUAAAUGCCACUGUGCAGAGGACAGCUGACCAUGCAGCACCUGAGAUCACCUUGGACCCACUGGAAAUUGUGGGAGGGGAACUCAGAGCUUCGGAAAACUCCUACUUCUGCCAGGCUGCCCGGCAGCUUGCCUCUGUGCCAUCUUCUCAACUAUGUGUCAAGCUGGCCAGUGGCGGUGACCCCACAUAUGCCUUCAACAUCCGCUUCACUGGAGAGGAAGUUCAUGGCACCAGUGGCUCCUUCCGACACUUCCUGUGGCAGGUGUGUAAGGAGCUACAGAGUUCCUCUCUGUCACUGCUCUUGCUGUGUCCCAGCUCUGCUGUCAACAAGAACAAGGGCAAGUACAUCUUGACACCCAGCCCCAUCACCUAUGGGGAGGAGCAGCUGCUGCACUUCCUAGGCCAGCUGCUGGGGAUCGCCAUUCGUGCAGACGUGCCUCUUCCCUUAGAUCUGCUGCCCUCCUUCUGGAAGACGCUGGUUGGUGAGCCCCUUGACCCUGACCAGGACCUGCAGGAAGCAGACAUCCUCACCUACAAUUACGUCAAGAAGUUUGAGAGUAUAAACGACGAGAGCGAGCUGGAGGCCUUGUGUGCCGAGAUUGCCUCCCAGCACCUGGCCACGGAGAGCCCUGAAGGUCCCAAGCCCUGUUGCCGGUUCACCUACCUGACCAUGACUGGCGAGGAGGUGGAGCUGUGCAGCCGUGGCCGGCACAUCCCUGUGGCCAGUUGGGAAAACAAGGAUAUCUACGCGGCAGCCAUCCGGAGCCUGCGGCUUCGGGAGCUACAGAACAUGGAGUGCGUGACAGCUGUUCGUGCUGGCCUGGGCUCCAUCAUCCCCCUGCAGUUGCUUACCACCCUCAGCCCACUGGAGAUGGAAUUGCGUACCUGUGGCCUCCCAUAUAUCAACCUGGAGUUCCUGAAGGCCCACACCAUGUACCAGGUGGGACUGAUGGAGACAGACCAGCACAUCGAGCUUUUCUGGGGGGCUCUGGAGAUGUUCACCCAGGAGGAACUGUGCAAGUUCAUCAAGUUUGCCUGCAACCAGGAGCGCAUCCCCUUCACCUGCCCUUGCAAGGAUGGGGGCCCUGACACAGCCCAUGUGCCACCGUACCCCAUGAAGAUUGCCCCUCCAGAUGGCACAGCAGGUUCCCCAGACUCCCGCUACAUCCGUGUGGAGACCUGCAUGUUCAUGAUCAAGCUUCCCCAGUACUCCUCCCUGGAGAUCAUGCUGGAGAAGCUGCGCUGUGCCAUUCACUACCGUGAAGAUCCCCUAAGUGGCUGAUGGGAGUGAGCUGGAGGAUUAAGGCUGUCACCAAGGCACCAUUCUGCCAGCUUGGAAAGCUUGCCAUUUGCAGGCACAUCCCUCCAGAGCCCUGCGUGAGGAGCUGGCGACAUUUGCUUUUCUGAACUUUCGUCCAUGUCCCAGGGCCACCUGGGAGACAUCUUUUGUAUGUGUCUGUUUUGUGAGGGUCCGUUCCUUUGCUGCCUGUUUGUGGUACAUUUGUAGGAUAGUUUAGUUCCUAGACAGUUUGUGUCUAAUUUGAUCUUCCUGGACACUGUCCUUGGUGGCCACCAGAGUCUGAUGCCACAAGGUUCCAGCUGGCUCUUCAUCACAGAACCACCAGUGGAGAGCUGGGGAUGAGAUGAUCUCAGCCACACGAAGUGUCCUGUUCUCUCUACAGUGUCUCCACAAAUGUGUGUGGCUAAUCCUGCCCUCCUGCCCCGAGCUGGCAUCUCUCCCAGAGGCAGCUUCUGCAGGUCUCCCUCCUUCCAUCUUGAAAAGGUUGAGCCAGUGCUCAAACAUUCAAGAGACACAGAGAGCUCAUGUGUUAACCUUUCUGCUUUACUAUGUGUUCCUGGCCUGGUUUUCUUUUCUUUUUUAAAAGGAAAUUCCACAGAGGCCUCUGCCUCUCCCAUCCAGGCAGCCCUAUCUGCCACCUGUCUCUUCUGGGCCCUUGGGCUGAGUUUCCCCUGAGGACACCUCAGGAGCAGACAGACAUCCAGGGGCUACUCCAGGCCUUAGUUCACAGACAGGUUGGGUCUGUCCUGGUGACUGGAGCUGAAAAGACAGUGGAGCUAUAGGAAUAGCUGAAUGGGCCUUUUCUACAACUGACUGCACAGGAAAGCACAUGAUUCCAGCCCACCCGACUGUGCUCAGAGACAGCCCUUCCUCACCACAGUGCUGUAAGGAGCCCAGGAAAGGGUUACGUAACCCAUCUCUAAAGACUGUCUGAGGUGCUCUGCCUAAUCAGGGCAGCAUCAGUGACCCAGACAGAGACUGCAGGGUAUUCCUCUGUGCCCUGGUUGGCCUGCCCAACACCCUUCAUGCCCCACGUGUGUGUGCCAGGGCUGAGCUGCCUGAAGGCUCACCCACUCUCCCAGUGCAUUUGUGCCCCAAAUAAGUCUUUGUCCAAUGGUACUUUGUUCAAGAACAGCACAUGCCAACUGUUGGACACUGUCAUUUGGGCCUUGCCAGUUGUCACAGCAGUGCUGUAGCUAUUGUAUGAUAUUGUGCACACAGACGUCCUGAGGAAGGUGAGGAGCAUGUGCUCCUCUCUCCACAGCACCUGGCUUGCUUGGAAGGUGUGCAAGCUUUAGGGCUGGUAUGCCAGCAUCCAUCUCCUCCCUGAUAUGCUUAGGAAAUGCAUUGAGGACCAUUACAGAAAAGACCCCCACUCAACCCCAGCUGAGGAAGUGAUACACCCCAGCUCAGUGUGACGGCCACGCCAGUCACUGGGCUGCAACAUUCACCUGGAGGUGAGCGCCCCAAGCAAGCCCUGCUCCCACAGAAGAUAGUGGCCACUGCUUGCGACCGCCCCAGUGGCCUCAAGGAUCCUGACUCCAUUCUACAGAAGGAAGGAGCCUCUGAGUUUACUAAAGUGGGUUUUCAUUCCUGUACCUUCACAUCCUUGGUCCCCUUCAAUCCUCUUCCCAUGAAUGGACUUGGGAUUCUGUCAGCUACCUCCACAGGAGGGUUCUGGAAGCUUCUGUUGGCCCAUUCCUUGAUUAGAUGACAGCUGUGAGUGAGAUAUCUGCUGCUAACUCAGCUGCUUCUCCUAGAGAGCACACUGAGGUCCAGACAGAUCCCAACCUUGGCCCUGAACAAUGUGUGCUGUAAAGUUACUUGAUGUAUAUUUAUUAUAAUUAUUUAUGAUUGCAUUAACAGACUUCCCAUUCAGUCUGAUGCUAUUUACACUAUGCUGUGUAAAGGAAGCUCACUACAGGAAAAAGUCACACCAAUAAAUAACCUUCAUCUAA